CUAUGAAUAAUAUAAAUUUAAUUUUUCGUUUUCAACAGCCAAAUAUUUAUAUAAAUUCUUCAAGAUUUUUAAGUUUAACUCAACUUAAACAAUGGCAAAAAUAUGAAAAUGAAAGAUAUUUUGGAUAUGAACCGUCAGCUGAAGAACCUUGGAAAAGGAUUAAACAUGGAUUAAGUUAUGAUUUGAGAAGGGCAGCUAGAAGAUAUAGAGAGGCCAAAUAUGAUGCAUUUCGAAGAAAAUACCCAAUAAAUUACAUGUUUAAAAAAGAUGUUCAAGAUUAUGAAUUACUUCCAAUGCAUGUUGAAUUUUUUAUUAUUGGUGGAGGUUUGACUGGUUCUUCUAUUGCUUUUUGGAUUAAACAAUUUUGUAGAGAUGAAAAUAUUACUGUUUCUGUAUUGGAAAAUACUGAUAAUUUUACAAAAACUCGUUCAAUGUUGGGAAGUGGAGUAGUUUCUCAACAAUUUUCUAUCCCAGAAAUGGUUGAUCUAGCAAACUUUUCUGCCGAAUUUUUUCGUCAUGCGGGAGAACAUUUGAGAAUUUUGGAUAAUGACCCUCCAGAUUUACAUUUUCUUCCAGUUGGAGUAAUGCAUUUAGCUAGAACACAGGAAGAGGCUGACGCGUUUAAAGAGGCGUGGAAAAUACAAGUAGACAGAGGCGUACACGUUGCUUUAUUAAACAAAGAGGAGCUUAAAGCUAAAUUUCCUUUUAUGCGUUUUGAUGAUGUUGUAAUGGGAACGUUAGGUCUAGAAAAUGAAGGAGUUUUUGACACUUGGCAAUUAUUGUCUGCUUUGAGAGAAAAAAAUAUUUCUUUGGGUGUUAGAUAUUUAAAAGGCGAUUUUGAAGGAGUUACAAGUUAUAAUCAAGGAAGAGAAGUGCCAUUGCAUGGGGCGGUUCCGGUUGAGGAAGUUAGUGCUGAUCUUUUGAAUAUGCAUAAAAUAAAUGGUGUUGUUAUUCGUCCACAAAUGUCAGGAGCAUCUCCACGCCCAAUAAAUUGUUAUAAAAUUUUUAAUGCUGCAGGUCCUUGGGCAGGUGAAAUUGCAAAGAAAGCGGGAGUUGGUUUCAAAGGUGAAAUGAUGCGUAUUCCAUUGCCUAUAGUUUGUACUAGAAGAACAAAUUUUGUUGUGCACGCCCCAGAAGUUCCCCCUCUUUCAAUGCCUAUUUUAAUGGAUUCUAGUGGAAUUUUUUGUAGACCUGAUGCUGUUGGGCAUAAUUAUAUUUGUGGAAGGGAACCGACAAAGUCAGAUGCAGCCAAAACCUUGAAGGAAGAAAAUCAACAAAUAAAACCUUCAGAUGAACCACCAAUAGAUUAUAAUGAAUUUUACGAGCAAGUAUGGCCUUUAUUGGUAGAAAGAGUUCCUUCGUUUAGAACUGCAAAGGUAAUAAAUGCUUGGCAUUCAUAUGAAGAUGUUAAUAUGUUUGAUGAAGCGCCUAUAAUUGGAGAGCAUUUAGUUCACGAAAACUUUAUCCAAGUAUGUGGAUUGGGAGGAUAUGGACCACAAAUGUCCAUAGCUAUCGGAAAGGCAAUGUCAGAAAGACUUUAUGAUAGAGCUUAUGUUACUGUUAAUUUAAGAAAAUUUGAUAUGAGAAGAAUAAUGCAUGGAAGUAGAUGUAAAGAAUUGUUUAGAUGUGUUUGA